UUUCUUCAAAAGAUAUGGGAUGUUGCAACUGGAAGACUGAAGCUCACGUUGACCGGACAUAUCGAGCAAAUUCGCGGACUUGCCGUGAGCCAACGCCAUACUUAUCUGUUCUCUGCUGGUGAUGACAAACAAGUCAAAUGUUGGGACCUUGAACAGAACAAGGUAAUUCGCUCGUACCAUGGACAUCUCAGUGGUGUGUAUUGCUUAGCACUUCAUCCGUCAAUUGAUAUAUUGUUAACCGGAGGCCGCGAUUCCGUUUGUCGGGUUUGGGAUAUCCGUACGAAGGCAAUGGUUUGUGCUCUAUCGGGGCAUGAUAACACUGUUUGCUCGGUUUUUGCUCGACCUACGGAUCCACAAGUUGUAACUGGCUCUCAUGACACAACUAUCAGGUUUUGGGAUCUUGUGGCUGGGAAGACAAUGUUGACACUAACUCACCAUAAGAAAUCGGUUCGCGCGCUAGCCUUGCAUCCAAAAGAGCAUACUUUUGUAUCAGGAUCAGCAGACAAUAUUAAGAAGUUUAGUCUACCAAAGGGUGAAUUUUUGCACAAUAUGCUGUCACAGCAAAAGUCGAUCGUAAAUGCUGUGGCAGUAAAUGAAGACGGCAUUCUUGCCACCGCAGGCGACAACGGGAGCCUCUGGUUCUGGGACUGGAAGAGCGUCCACUGUUUCCAGCCAGGACCGGGAAAU